AAGGUCACGAAAAUGGCGCUGGCCGCUCAUCUGCAAUCCCGCUUGCUGCUCUGUUGGGCGCUGCCCCGCGGGGCCACCCGACUCCGGACUGUGAAUGUAGCCGAGGCGAGGCUACCAUUAGCCGGGCUUUGUUGCUUCUGCCGCCGCCGCCUUAGCUCGGGAGCGACCCCAUGUUCUCGGAGCACUUGGGCCUCGGCGGCCUCGGCGCUGCCUGCUUGGAGCCCCCGGCGGUCCCUGGUCAGGCCUCUUGGACUUCCCGCAGCCCUCACUUCUUUCCCUGCCUGCCCUCGGCGCAGCUACAGCACUGAGGAGCAGCGCCAGAAAACCAAGAUGAUCAUUCUGGGAUUCUCCAACCCCAUCACCUGGGUCCGGACUCGAAUUUACGCCUUCCUUAUCUGGGCCUAUUUCGACAGAGAGUUCAGCAUCGCAGAGUUCUCUCAGGGGGCCAAGCAGGCUUUUGUUCAUGUAUCCAGAUUGCUGUCACAGUGUAAAUUUGAUCUGUUGGAAGAACUUGUGGCCAAAGAGGUGUUACAGGUAUUGAAAGAAAAGGUUACUUCACUACCUGACAACCAUAAAAAUGCCCUCGCUGCUGACAUAGAUGAUAUUGUAUAUACAUCAACAGGAGACAUCUCCAUAUACUAUGAUGAGAAAGGAAGGAAGUUUGUUAACAUCCUGAUGUGCUUUUGGUAUCUAACCAGUGCCAACAUCCCCAGUGAAACUUUAAGGGGAGCCAACGUAUUCCAAGUUAAGUUGGGAGAUCAGAAUGUGGAAACAAAACAACUUCUUAGUGCAAGCUAUGAAUUUCACAGGGAAUUUACACAAGGAGUAAAGCCGGACUGGACCAUUGCACGAAUUGAACACUCAAAGUUAUUAGAAUAACCUUUCUUGGAAAAAUGAUCUUGUGGACAUUUAGCAAUUGCUGUGACAAACUAUGGAAGAAAAAUUUUUGGAUCAUUUAAUCUUCACUUAAUCAAGUCUAUAGAUUACUUUUGUAUUCUUAUGAAAUACUACUUUCAGCAUAUUGACAUGAUACA